UGAAUUUCCCUGGCCGACGUCAGCUGACUGUUUUGGCUGCACAGGCGCUCCGCACACAGCGCUGCCGCUGCUGUAAAAAUGCUGCUCUCCGUGCCGCCAAGGACAGGAAUCAACACAUAUAACGGCUAUACCGGCAGAACCAGUAAAAAGCAGGCAUAUGCAUCCUCCACCCAGCAGAUGGCGCUGCCCAGUCCUAACACCACCACCACCAGCUGUAAUGGAAGCAGUAGCGGUGGGGACCAGCUGAGCAAAACCAACCUGUACAUCCGUGGUCUGCAUCCAGGAACCACAGACCACGACUUGGUCAAACUAUGUCAACCCUAUGGAAAAAUAGUGUCUACCAAGGCCAUCCUUGACAAGACUACCAACAAUUGCAAAGGCUAUGGCUUUGUGGAUUUCGACAGCCCAGCCUCAGCGCAAAAAGCAGUGACAGCGUUAAAGGCCAGUGGAGUUCAGGCUCAGAUGGCAAAGCAACAGGAACAGGACCCAACCAAUCUGUACAUCUCCAACCUGCCUCUAUCUAUGGAUGAGCAAGAGUUAGAGAGCAUGCUCAAGCCCUUCAGUCAAGUCAUCUCCACACGCAUCUUGCGCGACGCUAAUGGCACCAGUCGUGGAGUGGGUUUUGCCAGGAUGGAAUCGACUGAGAAAUGCGAGGCCAUCAUUCAACAUUUCAAUGGCAAAUACAUAAAGUCUCCUCCUGGAGUAGCAGUGCCUACAGAACCCUUACUGUGUAAAUUUGCCGAUGGUGGACAGAAGAAGCGUCAGAAUCAGGGGAAAUAUCACCAGAAUGGGCGACAAUGGCCAAGAGAUGGCGAGACUUGUGGGAUGACGCUAACAUAUGACCCUACCCCUGCUUUACAAAAUGGCAGGUUUUUCCCUCCUUCCUACAGCAUCGGUCCAAACAGAAUUAUUGCCCAGACUUCUAUCUCUCCAUACAUGCACUCACCUGUAUCCACCUAUCAGGUACACAAUCCAUCCUGGAUACAUCAUCAUCAGUCUUACCUCAUGCAGCCCACAGGUACCGUCCUCACACCCACAAUGGAUCACACCAUGACCAUCCAGCCCACUGCCAUAAUGCCUCUUACACAGCAGCUCAGCCAUCUAACCCUGGGCAGCACUGGCACAUAUAUGCCUGCAAACACAGCUAUGCAAGGGACCUACAUACCACAAUACGCCCAAGUGCCUCCCUCAAAUGUUACUGAGGAAAACUGCGUCCAACAGCAGCAGGUUACCAUGGAGACGCACACAGACCACACAACAUACUCUUACCAGCAGGGCAAGUGAAGAGGAGGAGAGAUGGAGGAUGCUGGAUAUUGAAUCACCUCUGCUGGCAUGAAAAGCAUUGGACAUUAAUGAAAGGAAUUGAGAAGCUUAUCUCCUUCCAGUUAAAGGAAGAUGACAUUUAUUGUGACUAUUUUUGGAGAACAUCAACUGAUAAUGAAGCUAAACUUAAUUUAGUAACAGAAAGAAAAACUUGGAUGGAGAAGGCUGUGCCUACAAAACGUCAUAAGUUCACAAGCAAGUAAGCUAUUUUUAACACAAAGACUUAUGUAUACACACACACACUCCAAUACACUUGAGAAAUAUUAUUUUUCUGCAGCUUUAUUUUCUAAAAUAUUCUGCAAAGCCAGAAUGAAACAAAGACAAUGUUACAGCACCAUGGGUCAUUUUAAUUUUAUGUAAUAUCUUUUUGUAAAAAAACAAAAAAGAUUUGUUGACUGCUUUUAAAAUGUUUGCUGCUGGAGGAGGGAUUUUGUACAUAAAAAAAUGUUUUUGCAAAGAUCUUGCUGCAUUUUUCUUGCAUAUCAGUUUUAAGGAAAUGUAGAGGCACCUGCUAAAUGAGCAGUUAAGUCAUUGUUUUAAUAGAUUGACAGAAACAAAAUGUGCUGUAUUAAAGUUGUAAAUGCACUCAUUAUUUCAAGCAGUUUGUGUCCAGCCAAAGGAGAUUGAAUUCUGAAGACCUCUUAUCCCCUUAAGCCUCUUACAAAAAUGACCCUUUUUUCCUUUCAAAAUGCUGCUUUAUCUUGUAAGUUAGAUCAUGCUGAGAUUUAUUUUUGUAUUUGAAGAUCAUUUUUUAAAGAAACUUUCAAAGAGAAGCUGUUUGGGUGAUAAACCUUUUUUAUGGCUUUGUUUUCAUGUCAACAGUUUAUGUAGCCAGAAAUAUGCCAAAACAAUUUGAAUUUGAAUUGUGUAAAUUUGAAUUAUAGACUUUUGAAUUUGAAUUAUAAGUGUGAUUUUGCCAAAUGAAAUAUUACGUUGUAUUUUAAAUAGGUUUGAAUUUGAAUUUUUUUAAACUCCAAUCCUGGACAUUUCAUAUUUAACCAAAUUGAAUUGUUUUUUUUAAUGGCACAAUUUUAUAAAUAUGUAUUUUCAAACAGCACAUUUUUUCUUACACUGUAAAUAUCCCAUUUAAAAAAAUACAGCUUCAAGUUUUCAAGAUGAAGAAGAAAUUCAGAACACCAAAUUCAAUAUUCUAAAAUUCAAACCGCAGAAAUUCAGAUCUACAGAAAGUGGGUCAGAGAUCAAGCUUCCGUGUUCCACAGGGAAGAGUAGACGGUGUCGGAAAAGUCAAA